CGCAGGUGUAGGCAGGCGAGCGCUCCCACACGGCGGCGUGGCCGGAGGAGGUCAUCUUCGUCGGCAGCCAUUCCGUUAGCUCCGGCGGCGCUCCGCGAAGCACCGAUCGCUCGCCCGCCUGCCCGCCCGGAGGAAGGGAUCUGCCCACGAGGCUGAGCUGGAAGAACAUGUCGGUGGUUGCCGGAGGUAGCGAACCGGGCCCCGCCGCCGCCGCCGCCGCCGCCGGUGGAGGCGCCGGCGGAGGGACCCGGGUUUUCUUUCAGAGCCCGCGCGGAAGCGCCUCCCGGGAAGACUCGGUCGCCCCCGCCGUGGUCCAAGUCCAGCAGCAGCAGCGGCGCCACCAGCAGGGCAAAGUGACGGUCAAGUACGAUCGGAAAGAGCUGCGUAAAAGGCUAGUGCUGGAAGAGUGGAUCGUGGAGCAGCUCGGGCAGCUGUACGGCUGCGAGGAAGAAGAGAUGCCAGAUGUAGAAAUCGAUAUUGAUGAUCUUCUGGAUGCUGCUAAUGAAGAGGAGAGAGCCCUCAAAUUACAAGAAGCGCUUGUAGAUUGCUACAAACCCACAGAGGAUUUUAUCAAAGAACUUCUAACUCGGAUAAGAGGGAUGAGGAAACUGAGCCCUCCUCAAAAGAAGAGUAUAUAAGUGAACACGGAGCCCUCUUGGGAGAAGUGAUCAAUAAACUGGAACUAUUAAAUAGGACACCUGCUAGUUUGAUCGUUAUGAGCAAUUUUCUCUUUUUUGGUUGAAUUCUGACAUUUUAAAGAAUCCAACCCCUUCUGUUUAAGGCAGUUUUUUCAAGUGUGAUUUUAUUUUAUCACAGAUAGCAACGUUAUGGAUGCUGCUUUUACUACCUGCGGAUGAUCAAGAUAGAGGGGAAAACAUCCAUUUUAGAGGGACUUUCCUAGGCAGUAAUUCUGCCUGAGGUAAAAGCUACUAGGGAAACGCUGUUCCUUUACAACCAGUUUGAUCAUUAAGUUGUACACCAGACUCAUGGAUGUUCAGGUUCUUGUGCUUGUGUACAUAAAUUAUCAAGUGAGUGUUACUAUUGAUUCACAUCGGUGGAAAUGAAAUGUGCUCUAAGUAACAAUAUAAACCGAAGUUAUAACCAAUGUGGUGUUGCGGGCAGGGAGGGGAGGGGAGAGGGAUGCCGUUUAUUCAAUGGGGGUGCUGCCACUGUUAAAAGCAUUGCAACAAAUGCCUCUAUUCACAAAGCAACACAUAAGUAAACUGGGGUCCAAGGGCUUGAAUUUUUUAGGUACUGUUACCAACUUUGAGGUUCAGCCAGAUACAAUCUCUCUUCAUUUUAUGAUCUGCUAGGAUUGAUCAACCUACUGCUAAAAGGAUCCAAUAGGACAGCAAGAAAAAGGCCAAUACCAUUAUGGGAAAGUCUUGGAGAGAGACUAUCUCCAUAGAUAUCUUGGAGAGAGGGGAAAUGCAAGUCAAACCAUCCCUUCUUAUAAUAAGAAUAUCCAGCUAUCGCUUUCUAUUUUGACAUCCAACUUGGUAGGAUGUCUGGCUGGUUGGCUAAGUGACCUAGGUUGUAGAGGUGAAAGCUUGUUCCCCAAACUCUUCAGGAAAACAUUCUUUGUUCUAAUGCAGUGUUUCCCAACUUUAGCAACCUAAUAGCAUGCUGGCUGAGGAAUUCUGGGAGUUGGAAGUACACACAUUUUAAAUUUGCCAAGGUUGAGGAACACUGCUGUAAUAUUUCACAAGCUACCAUCUGCUGGUAGAUGCUAGUCUGGCAUUUUAUAUCAAGGGUGCUCUGAACAUAAUUUUAUUUUUUAAAAAGAAGAAAUACAUGUUUGUGGACUUUAUGUAUACUGGCAAGCUUUUUUUAAAUGUAUUUAAUUUUGUAAUGUUUUAUUAAUGACUUUAUUUACCAGAUAUUUACUCAAAUAAAUGCCACAAAUUGAGAUGUU